GACAAGUACCUACAUAAAUUUCCGUCAAUUAAUUCCUGUUUAGUUGUCUAUAAUUAUUGUAAUGAACUUUAAAUUCACACAGAACUUCUCUCCGCUUGUGGGCCGCGACCCAGAAUUGGAACGUACGCGCGAACGCUCUAAGACCAAGCACCGUUAUUAUAUUGAAUUACAAAUAUGAAGCGAGACCGGAGAGCCGGGGCAAUCGUCGGCGAGGCAACUUUUUCAAGAAACUUUACGCCUAAUCGGUCGGUGAACCGUUUGUUUACCGGAGUCCACAGGCUCUGUGUGUAGGUCAGCGCUCAGCACUCUCAGCAGCUUGUGGCGACGCCGCGCGCGCACGCAGUCCGUACUCCGUCGCCGUCGAGAGCCGCGCGCGCAUCCAGCGCAGUCAUGGAUGUGAGCCGACCGAACCCCUAACAGUUCAGCAAAUACUUCUACAUCGAGCAAUUGGAAAGUGACCUCUUUUCCACUGUUUAUUUUUUUUUUCAAUAUUCAAUUAUGAUGGACCUGUGUUAAUGAGCAAAAUUUAACUGUGACAGUGAUUGUAAAAAGUGGUCAGUUUCAAAGGAUAAUCCAGAUAGUGAAAAGGAUUUCCACAAAAUGGUAACACGAAGACGUGCAUGUCUUCGAUUAUGGUUGCCAACCGUCCUUACAGUCAUAAUAGUUCACAGCGCCAGAGGACAAUGUCCGUGGAAGGAGUCCCAGGACUUGCACACGACCUGCGUUUGUGCUUUUAAUUUAGUUAGGCAACUAUCCGUACAGUGCGAUCAGGUGGAUUUUCCCAAUCUGUUAGCUGCUCUGAAUUCAAGCGCACGAAAAAUAUCAAUAGAUCUUUUAUACAUAAACAAUUCAACAAUUUCCAUAAUCACUAAUGAAAUGUUCGAGAAUUUGGCGAUACACAGCUUACAGAUAUCUGGAUGUAAAGUGAAAAAAAUAGAAAACAAUGCUUUUAAAAGUCAAGGCCCGUAUCUGAAGAAUUUGAACCUACAGGAUAAUGAACUAUCAGAUGUACCUGUAAAAGCGUUAAGAGUUCUUACAAGUUUGUCCCUAUUGGAUAUUUCAAAAAAUAAAAUAUCAUACAUCGAAAAUUACUCCUUUUCCACUCUAAAGGAUUUAACAACUUUAAAAUUAUCUGACAACAAUAUUACUUUGGCGCCUCAUGCACUUUCUGGUUUGGAAAAUUCCCUUAAAAAUUUAAAUCUAAAAGGAACUAAGCAGAAAAUAGUACCUGAAUGUAUAAGAGGACUUCGUAGCCUGGCAUUUCUCGACCUUUCUCAAAACAGCAUCAGAGAACUACCGGGACCCGAUGACAUUCUUACUUUUGAUGGAUUAGAUUCUCUGACUGCACUCAAUUUAGAGAGAAACUUACUAGUCAAUUUAAAAAAGGACGCGUUUACAGGAAUUAAAAACACAUUGAGCUCAUUAAGUUUGCUCAACAAUCUAUUGCCAGAAUUUCCGACUGAAGCAAUAGCAACAUUGUCAGACCUAAGAGUCUUAGAUAUAGGGUUCAAUCUCCUUAAUAAAUUACCAACGGAUGCCUUUUUCAACAAUCCAUCUAUAACUUUACUUGCAUUGGACGGAAAUCCACUACCGACUGUACCGGAAAAAGCGUUAGCUCAUCUUAACCACACACUCAGAGGACUAAGUCUCGGUGGACGAUUCUUAAAUUGUGAUUGUCGGCUACGGUGGAUAAUUGAGUGGAUACGGAAUGGUGAAUUGCAAGUUACAUCACGCGAAAGAAAUCCACAAUUUUGCGGUAGUCCGCCACAUUUCCGUGAACGCGGAUUUUAUAGUUUUGAGCCCAACGAACUUGUCUGUGAUCCAGAAUCAACUGUGAUAGCAACGUCUCCAUCAACCGUAAUUAAUGACUUCAGUACGAGUAAUAUCACAACUUCUACUACAACAACGGAGUCAAUAACGAGCAGCACGACAUCUACCAGCUCUGGAGUGACUAACACUAGUGAUACAACAACUGUAACUGUAACAAUACUUCCGACAACUACCAGUGACACUAAAACAAGUCGCGUCCCUUCAAUUCGGCCAGCUGCACCAACGUGGCGUCAUGCAUCUCACCAAAGACCACCUCUAGUAAUGAAUUUUCCUCACCAGAAACCAAAUAUAGACGAUUCUAAUGAAGUGAUUGUAAAAAACGCUUAUAGACAAGACAAUUCAGUUAUUAUACAAUGGGAUUCAGACGUGGCUAACAUCUUAGGCUUUCGAGUUGUAUACCGACUUUUUGGAGACAAAAGUUUUAAACAAGGGCCUCCUCUUGAAGCUAGCGAAAGAGAAUUCAAAAUCAAAAACGUUCCAUCUCAGGAAUGCAUAGUUGUUUGCGUGAUUUCAUUAGAAGAAGUCCACGUGAGCCCAGAAACGGUACCGUAUUCGCAAUGCCGUGAAGUACGAACUGUGUCCGCUGCUGCCACUAAUAUGGAUAAAAUAACAAUAGCGGCCAGCGCAGCUAUAUGUGGCACUAUAGUGGUCGCUGUGCUGGUCUUCGCGGCUGCGUCACGUCGCCGCUCACGGACUGUACAUCGACUGCACACUCAGUUACCCGAAAAAAUAUCAAGUCCAUGCUGUGGUGGUCUUGGUGGCACUCCGAGCCCUAGCGGACCCCUAUCUUCACUAGCCACACUUGGCGCAUUUGGAAAACAGCGCGAAUGGGAUCAAGUUUCAGCUUAUAGCGCACGAUCUAUACCGAGAGCACGGUCCUAUACUGAACCGGCCGCACCGGAACCGUUACCGGGACGUCCGGGGCGAGCCCGGUCGCUGGCCGAUGGACAAUCUUCCCAACAUAGCUAUUCGCAUUCCGGUCGCUACGGGGCACCGGGAUACCCAGGAAGUUUAUUAGGAUCUAGAACUGAUCUUCGACAAUCCCGACAAUCUUUGGGAGGGGCGUCGGAGCGAGCAUCCCGGUUAUCACUAAGCGGAGCAGCAGGAGGUGCGACGAGCGGCACCGCGGGUUCGAGGAGAAGGCCAAGGUCACGGUCGCGGCCUGCCAGUAGAUAUAGCGUAGGUUCUCUAGGAUUAGGAUAUUGCGAUACCUCAGACAACUGGACAGACCACGACAUGGACAUUUACAUGGCGCGCAACGCGACUACGAGAGGAGGUCUGGUACCGUUAUAGCGCGCGGAAGAGGCGGUGAGGGGAGACGCGGUAUGGCGCAGGCACUCACCGCCGAGAGGAGCCCUGACUCCAGCGACAUGGAGCUCACAUAACGCGCAUUACUGCCCACACCGACAUGCUCAUCAUCACAACGACAAAAAGAAGAGAGAUCGAGGAAAUGGCGACAUCACGUGGGAACGAUUUCAUUGUAAAAAUGCACACCAUAUAAAUUAGUAUAUACCAGCACCACACAAAAAAGCCG